ACAGAGAGAGGAAGUUUAGACAGAGUUUGUCAAUUGCCAUGGGAAGUGUUGCAGAAAAGGAGCUGGAAAUCAUCAUUCAAGAAGAAACUGAUGGAGAAACGAAGAAGAUGGAUGCAGUAAUUGUCUUACCUGAAUCAUUGACGACUCCAAAGACCGUUAAUAAGUACAAGAAAUGGCUCGAGAUAGGUAUCCACACCUUCAUUGUCCUUGUUAGCCAGUCAGUAGCUACAAUACUUGGAAAAUUGUAUUACGACAAAGGCGGAAACAGUACCUGGUUGGUUUCACUUACAGAAACUAUUGGUUUUCCUAUUCUCCUAAUUCCUAUGAUCCUUAAUUGGACCAAUAAUAAUAACAAUAAAAUCCCUAAAUUAGAAGAAGAUGCAAAGUCUCCUUCUAUGAUGGUCAAGUUAUCUAUCUAUGUAUUUCUUGGCUUUCUAGUUGGGGGAGGCUGUGGUUUAUUUUCAAUUGGCCUUUUAUACCUCCCAGCCUCAACUUUUUCUCUAAUUUCCUCAAGUCAAUUAGCCUUCAAUGUCUUGUUCUCCCUCUUCAUGAGACUAGAAAAAAUUACGCCUCUCGUCGCGAAUUCUAUCGCCCUCGUCACCAUUUCCUCCGUUCUCCUAGCGUUACAACCCGAUGAAUCUUCAAACAAAACGUCGUCGUCUAAGCAUCAUUAUGCAAUUGGAUUUAUAUGUACGCUAAUUGCUUCAGCUGGUUUCGGUUUACUAUUGUCCUUAACAGAACUCAUGUUCAGAAAAAUCCUAAAAAAAAAUACGUUGAGAGAAAUCAUGGACGUUAUCAUUUGUCAGUCGUUUUUCGCGACGUGUAUAAUUCUGAUUGGCUUAUUUGCAAGUAAAGAGUGGAGGAACUUGAAGACGGAGAUGCAUAAUUUCGAGCUUGGAAAAUUAUCUUAUGUUAUGAUAAUAUUUUGGAUUAGUGUGUGUUGGCAGCUAUAUACUUAUUGUCUGCUUGGGUUGAUUAUGAAGGUGUCUGCUGUGUUUGCAAAUGUGAUUACUACGUUGGGUGCGCCGUUAAUUCCGAUUAUGUCUGUGAUUAUCUUUAAUGAUAAGAUGAGUGGGGUGAAAGCAAUUUCAAUUGUUUUAGCUAUUUGGGGAUUUUCUUCUUAUGCUUAUCAGCAGUACCUUGAUGAGCUAAAGCACAAAGCUGAUCACAACGGCAUUGAGGAUAAGUCCACCGAUUGACAACUGACUUCUAUCUAUUUUUUUUUGUUUUGAAAAAGUGUAAGUGGUUGAUGUGCAAAGAAAAUUCUCUAUAUAUAGAUUAAUUAGCUAGCUAGCUCUAGCUAGGCUGUUUUUAUUUUAAAUAUAAUGUAUUAGUAUUUCUAUCAUAAGGAUGUUGUUUGUUUGUUGUUAUUUUCUUUUUUGAAAUAUA